UGAACACUGAGGCUUGCUUCAAAACCCAGUAGAGCAGAGCAACAAAGUGAGAUUUUAGAAGGGAAGGAAAAGUUUCUGGGGUAAUUGGAGAGACAAAGAAAAUAACGCUAUCAUCAAUCAAAAGUUAUAACAAAGAAAGAAAAUGAAAGUAGUGGGUGGUUCAAAUUUCUUCGUGGAGGUAGUUCUACUGUGUCUCAUUUUGUUUCCAAUCUGUAGCUUGGCUGAGAAGAAGCCGCUACGGUUUGGGAAAGGUGGGAGCUUUAAGAUACUGCAAGUGGCGGAUAUGCAUUAUGCGGAUGGAAAGACUACGCCUUGUAGGAAUGUGUUUCCGGAGCAAAUGGCUACUUGCUCUGACCUCAACACCUCUGCCUUUCUCGAGCGCAUGAUCCAUGCUGAGAAGCCUGAUCUCAUUGUUUUCACUGGGGAUAAUAUCUAUGCGAGUGAUUCCACAGAUGCAGCUAAGUCUUUGGAUGCUGCAUUUGCACCAGCAAUCUCAUCUAACAUUCCAUGGGCUGCAGUUUUGGGAAACCAUGAUCAGGAAUCUGCACUCUCAAGGGAAGGGGUAAUGAAACAUAUAGUUAAGUUAAACAACACGCUGUCUCUAGUUAAUCCAGUGGAAGCACAUGUUAUUGAUGGCUUUGGAAACUACAACCUGGAAGUUGGUGGAAUUGAGGGCUCUAGCUUUGAAAACAAGUCCGUUCUUAAUCUCUACUUCCUUGACAGUGGCGAUUACUCCACGGUUCCCUCCAUCCCUGGCUAUGGUUGGAUCAAACCUUCUCAACAAUUUUGGUUUGAACGCACUUCGAAAAGGCUUCAGAGAGCAUACACGGCCAAGCCAGAGGCCCAAAAAGGACCUGCACCUGGGCUGGCAUACUUUCACAUCCCUUUGCCGGAACUAAAAAGUUUAGACAAAACAAACUUCACUGGUGUGAAACAGGAGGACGGCAUAGGCAUUAGCUCUGCUUCUGUGAACUCUGGCUUCUUCACAACAAUGGUCUCUGCAGGAGACGUGAAGGCUGUUUUCAAUGGCCAUGAUCACCUCAAUGACUUCUGCGGUAAUCUAACUGGUAUACAACUCUGUUAUGCUGGGGGAUUUGGAUACCAUGCUUAUGGGCUGGCUGGAUGGGCAAGGAGAGCAAGAGUGGUGGAAGUGAAUUUGGAGAAAAUGGAAAAAGGUGGUUGGGGAGCAGUCAAUUCAAUCAAAACAUGGAAGCGCCUUGAUGAUCAGCAUCUCACUGCUAUUGAUAGUCAGGUCCUCUGGAGCAAGAGUUCUGCUGGUACCCCAUAGGAAGCAACAAAUCGGUGGCACCAUGAGUAGUGGUGACGUGAAAUGCAAUUUAGAUAUACAAGUUUAUGGCUAAUAAAUUGGCUGAGGGGAAUAUUUUCGAGUAUUUUGUACAAUAAAUUUAUCUAAUGAUUUUGUCUUCCUUACGUGUCUUGAGAAUAAUUGAAAAUUGUUAUAUGAAAGCAGGACGCUUGUGUUUGAAAGUGGUGUUCGAGUCUCGUUAGUUUGUAAGUUUUCCUUGAUUUUUUGGAGAAUAAAACCGUUUGUCCCAUUUUGAGAGUUUUA